UGACCCGCAGACCAUGCAGAUCACAUGGAGGGAUAUUGCAGGUCUGGAGGAGGUGAUCAACGAGCUAAAGGAGAAAAUGAUCUUCCCUGUUCAGAAAAGACAUGUGUUCAGGAAAUCCCGGCUGCUGCAGCCGCCCAAAGGCGUGCUGCUGUAUGGGCCCCCAGGAUGUGGUAAAACACUCAUUGCCAAGGCAACAGCAAAAGAGGCGGGCUUUGCUUUCAUCAACUUGAAGCCGAGCACGCUGACAGAUAAAUUUUAUGGAGAGUCCCAGAAACUGACUGCUGCUGUGUUCUCACUGGCCUCCAAGCUAGGCCCAACAAUCAUCUUCAUCGAUGAGAUAGAUUCGUUUCUGAGGAGUCGAUCCAGCAGAGAUCAUGAAGUCACAGCUAUGAUGAAGGCUCAGUUUAUGAGUUUGUGGGAUGGACUCGAAACAAACCACCAGUGCCAGGUGAUCAUUAUGGGAGCCACCAAUCGUCCUGACGACAUAGACCCUGCCAUCUUGAGGAGGAUGCCCACCAAGAUCCACAUCAAGCUGCCUAACAUUGAGCAGCGCAAGCAGAUACUCAGAAUGAUCCUGGAGAAUGAGACGGUGGAUCCACUGAUUAACCUCAGUAACGUCGCCAGGGAAACUGAGGGGUUCUCAGGAAGUGACCUCAAAGAGAUUUGCCGUGAGGCAGCACUGCUGUGUGUCCGAGACAUCAUGGAUUCUGACAACCUUUCAGAUGACUGCAUCCGGCCAAUUAGUCAGGAUGACCUCCAGAAGGCCACAACAAAGAUGAAGGAGUCCAAGAGUCUGGGUGGCCUGACACUGGAUGAGGCAUUGUCAUACUAUUCAUAA